GUUUAUGGGAGCUCCAGAUCCUCCCAUCCAGACUCAGAACUCCUCCACCGUCAAGCUUAUGCCACACCACACCCCCUGCAAGGAUAUGCAACAAAUCAUCAUCCAGGCACCUCUGGACAAGGCGGAGCAUGGGGCACAGGAAGGAGCUUGGGGCUCUCAGGCUUGUUUGAUACUGGACUACAUCAUGCCAGUCCCUCAGGACCAGAUGCUUCAGUUAUGAACUUGAUCUCUGCUUUGGAAUCCCGAGGUGCUCAGCCACCCCCCUCUGCCUCUUCCCUUCUCUCCCAAUUUCGCACCCCCUCUUGGCAAACUGCAAUGCACACUCCAGCCCCUGCAGAGCUAUUCAUUUCUGGUGCACUACCUGGCUCUGGCUCAUUUCCCUCUUCCUCUGCUCUGUCGGCAUAUCAGCACCCUGCAUCCUUCUCAGGGCGCUCCUUCCCUGGAGUGACCCCAUCAUUAUCUCUGCAGGACACGCCUACCUUCAGUCCUACUUCCAACGGUCUCCUGUCACCACAUGAUCCUUUGCUACACAUUAAAACACCCUCCCAGUCAAGUCUUGGCUUUGACCGUCUUCUGUCUUCACAGAGUGGGACUGCUUCAUAUAGAGGGCCACAAGAGCCCACUAGUGCUCCUCCACCACAAGCACCUGCAUCCUCCUCAACACGCCAUUUACCGCCUCAGUUUAACCUGCUGUCCUCACAACUGCAGGAUCAGUCCUCUCAACUCUACAAUUCCUCUGUUUUUUCUUCUGCACCCCCUCAACUGCCACAGUCCCAGGAAAGAGCCAUCCCUAGGCAAGACAGUGUGAUCAAGCACUACCAGAGACCUUCUCCUGGACCGUCUCAACUAUCCUCUUCCACACCUCAUCCCCUACAACACUAUCUUAGUUGUGGUGCAUCAGGAUACCAGCAGAUAUCCCAUCAUCGGCAUGGUUCCUCCAUAAACUGUAGCCCACUGGGUGAACAGAGCCCAUCAUCUGACCCCAAACCCUCUCCCCGAUCAGAGCAGGUAUAUCGUCCUAUUAUCCAGCCCCCGUACACCUCCUCCUCAGCUGGCUCGGGUGGUGGUAUUGGGAAAACAGGAAAGAGUUCCAGUUCAAGUAGUGGCUAUUCUUCCUCUGGCUCUUCCUCAUCUCGAACCCCUCACACUCCUCCUUCAGCUUCUUCCACCUCCUCUUCUUCCUCCUCUGCCUCUAAUCCUAAUGUUUCAUCCAGUACCUCCUCUGCACCCUCAAGGCAGCAACCACCACCCCAGUCAGCACCACCACCCCCGCCACCUCCACCACCAACAGUGUCAUCCUCUGCUACACAGCAGCAGCCACCCAAACCUUGCCUGUCUACAUAUGGCUCUCCAGUUGCACCUGUCAAGCCAACUGCUGGCCUUCCUGGUCAGACCCCACCACAGCAGCAGUCAUAUUCACCAAGCCAGCCACCCACCUCUCACUUGCCCCAGCCAUAUGGAGGAUUCAGUUCUCCACAGGCUCAGGAUCUUGGUUCCAGCCAUGGGGGGUCAGGAAAAGCUUAUGGAAAUCUUGGAGCUACGGGGCGUUCAUUUUCAGCUGAGGUGGUUUAUGGUUCUGAUUCAGGAUAUGGUUCUUUGCCACCAUCUCUCGGAGGGGCAGGGAGUCCCUCAAUGGGCUAUGGCGGUACAGGACAUUCACCUGCACUAAUGGUGUCUGGAGGUGGUACCGGUACAACAAGCAAUACCACGGGAUCUGGAGCAGGUAGUUCAGGAAGUGUGGGGGGUGGUUCAGGUGGUGGUAGUGCUAGUGCAGCAAGUGGUGGAGGAUCAUACCACCUCCCGGAUUCCAGCCCUUCACCGUCAAGUAAUUCUGGAAUAAUUCGUCCAGGUCUGCACUCUCCUGCCCCAACUUGCCCUGCACAAUCACCUGGAGGAAAUGGGGGCAACAAGUACCUAUCCUCAGUUCUUUCCCCAGCAUUCCUGGCUUCUCCACAAGGAUACUCAGACACAAGGGUGCCACCCCAGCAAACACAGUCUUAUCACACAACGCCGCCAAAAUCUAAGUCUGAUUCUGAGAUGCUUGGGGUAGAAAGAUCUCAAGAAGAGGAUGAAGAAGAUGAGGAUGACUUUUUGAUUCAGCACUUACUGCACUCACAAAGUCCAGCACCCAAUCCCUCCCAGCAUCAUUCUCAACAAGCUCAGCAAGUAGCUUCACAACAACCGCAGUCCCAGUCCAUUUCCCAGAGUAGAGAUGGAGGGAAGUCUCUCUCUGCAUAUGAACUGAACAAGGCAUCUGAAGAACGUUAUCAUCUACAGAGUGUCAUUCGGACCAAUAAUACCACCAACAAUGUGGCUUCAGUUGCUGCUGGCUCUUGUGGUCCAGGCACAGGUUUAGAGAACCAGUUGGAGAUGUCUCUGAAAAAGCAGCAACAUACUAAGUCUGAUAGAGUGCUUGCUGGAUCUGGUGCAACUGGAGGUCGAGGUGCAGUUGAUUCUUUGUCUCAUACUCAUUCCCAUGGUCAACAUGACUCCCUGAGUUCAGUGGUCCACUAUGGCAGAGGAGACCCUUACACUCAUCAAACACAUCAACAUCACCCUCCUCACCCAUCGCACUCGCAACACCCUCAGCAUUCACAGCACUCUCACCCCCAUUCAAUGUCCCACUCACAUAUAGAUCUUAAGAAAGCUCAGGAUCCUUCAGAAUUACCCUACCUACGAAAGACUCCAGACUUGCAGCAGCGACAGACCCAGUCCUCCCUUGGACUAAUGGAUUCUCCACCCGACCCAUCUCAGCAAACCUCCCAGGCUCACCUUCUCCAGUCUGUCCUUUCGCAUACCACUCGAAACAAGAUGGACAACCAACAGACUCCCUCACAGCAACAACAACACCCAAUGAGUCAACAAGCCAUGAUUGGACCAAAUGGGGUAUUAGGUACUGGUAGCUCUGGAGGAGUAGAUACUCAGCCACAGGCCUCUCAACUUCAACUCCAGCUCCAGUCCCAAACUAUGGAGGUCCACUAUGGACGUGAGGCCCAGCGAAACCAAAGCCAGUCAAGUCAGAAUUCUGUUUCACCACUAGACAUGCUAGAGAGAUCUCUCUCCAGGACAAACAGUGUGGAAGGGCCAGGGUCCACUGAUAGAGUUGGUGCAGGAGAUGGGAGCACCGUUGAUCAUCACAGACAACAGCAACAACAUAGGAUGUCCUCACACCAUCAAUCCCACCACUCUCAACAACCAUCAGCAGAGCUUGAUUUCUUAUCCGAGUCUGAUUUGAGCAUGUCAACCCCCUCUCAUUUGCAUCUUAUGGCCUCACACCAUCCACCCCCUCAUUCCCUCCAUCAGCCACAGGCACACUCUCACCAUCAACAUCCUCACCAGCACCCUCACCACAUGCAACUAGCUUCUGGACCUCCCCAGUCCCAGCCGAGGGAACAAGAGCCCCAACUCUCACAGCCACAGCUGGAUCAGCUCAAAGAGCAUCAAUAUGACACUGGUAGCCCUGUGGGAAAAACAGCUCAGAACCAGGGUCAGAGCCAAGAGCAGCAACAACGGUUCAUGCCACUGACAUCUAUUUGUUUCCCAGAUUCUCUUCUCCAAGAUGAGGAUCGUUCCUUUUUUCCAGGGAUGGAGGAUAUGUUCUGCUCUGAAGACUACAAGGCAAGUUGUGCUGGAGGAGGUGGAAGUGCAGGACAAGGGGGUCAGGAUGGUGUGCCAGAGGCACGUGGAACAGUACAAGAUGGAAUGGAUGCAGUUAAAGCUACAGGUGGUGGAGGUGCAUAUGACAUGAUGGGUCAUCAUGGGGAUCAGGAGUAUGGGCAGUAUUGUCACAGUUUGUCUGAAUCUGGCAAUGGCACUAUGCACUUAGAUCUGGACCCCUUGAAAUCCCAUGAACUCCCAUCCACUGUAAACACAGAACAACUAGGCUUAAUUCAAACUCAGGGCCCAGGCCUUGGGAUGGGCAGCACGGGACACGUAGUGGACGGAACUGGAAACAAAAUUAUGGGCUCUGCAGGUGUAGGUAGUGGUCCUGGCACAGCAGGGCUCACCUCACCAAUCUUUUGUUCCUCUAGACCUAAAAAACUUUUGAAAACAAGCUCAUUUCACCUCCUUAAACAGCGGAAAGACCCUAAUGCCCAAUCACAGGCUAAGAAGAACUAUGCUCAAGAAUAUGAAUUUGAGGAUGACGAGGAUAAAGCAGAUGUUCCAGCUGACAUCCGCUUAAACAGCAGACGUCUGCCUGACUUGCUUCCUGAUCUCGUUUCCAGUUGCAGAAAGUCUGGAAGUGGUUCAGGAGUUGGCAGUUUAAGCCCUUUGAUGGGUGAUUUAGAUUUCUGCCACCCCUCAGGGUACCCAUCUCUUGGACCUCCUCCACAGCUGCUCCCACAUGAUGGCCCAAAGAAAAGGGGGAGGAAACCCACCAAACCUAAACGUGAAGGACCACCAAGACCCAGGGGCAGGCCACGUAUUCGGCCUCUCCCCGAGCCUCCUUAUUGCAGGAACAUGAUGGGACCUGGUGGAGAGAGUAGAAGGGGCCGUGGGCGAGGAAGAGGGCGUGGAAGGAAAGAUGAUCAAAUGCUAGAAAUGCACAGAGACAUGAACAAGGGGCAGAACUACCAACAACAAGCACCUCACCUCCAUCAUCAACCACAGUUACAACAGCACAUGCACCACCAUCUACAGCAACAACAGCAACACCAACCACAACAUAUGCACCAACAGCAGCACCUACAUGUACAACAACUUCAUCAACACCAUCAACAACUUGCACAGCAUCAGCCUCAGCAACAAUACCAGGAACCCAUCAAACCAAUCAAAAUUAAGCUCCCUAUUCCUUCCAUGCCCUCAUCUGACUCCCUACUGAGGACAGACUCCCUGUCUAGUACAGAUCCAGUUUUGUCUGAUGGUUCGGUAGGAUCUGCACCGUCUCUUGGUUUGAGCCCAGGGCCCACUACCAUUGUGGACAUGAACAGAAUUGACAUGAAUAGAAAUGAUAUGAGCUGUGGUCAGGAAAAGAUGAAGCAGAAACCCCAAGAGAUGUCCUGGGAUGGAGACAUGGAUGACCAAAUGACCCCAGAGGCCUGGGCUACCAUGCAGAAGCUUUCCGGCUCAACGGAGGAGAAAUCUUCAGAGCUGAAGUCAGGUUUUAUAACUUCUUUUCUGGAUUUCUUGAAAACGGGGAAGAAGCAGCCGGGCACUGAAGCUCCAGCUGUGGAUGGGUGCACUUCCACAGAUUCCUCUUCAGUAAAGGGAGGCAUCCGCCCAUUAUCCCCACAACCACCUCCUCCUCCACCUCCCCCCUUUGGAGAGAACGAGAGUGAUGGAAGCCUGGGUCUCAGUAACUGUCCCUCCCCCUGUAAAAGACUUGACGAGGAGCUCAAGAGGAACUUGGAGACCCUGCCGUCGUUCUCCUCAGACGAGGAAGACUCAGUCAGUAAGAACCAGGACCUGCAGAAGAGCAUCUCAUCCGCCAUUUCUGCUCUCUAUGACACGGCCCACAGUCUCGCUGCCAUUCCACCUUCUCCUACGCCAUCGCCGCCCACUCCGCAGACGGGGUCUCUUAACACACCCCCACAACCUGAAUCUGUCCUGCUCACUGAACCUGAGACGGAGAUAAACACGUCACAGGAGCUGGAUUCGCUCUCACGGCCCAACCUGCAGGAGGAGGCACAUGUUCCAGGCAAGGGUGAGGAACGGGAAGAACCUGUGCAGGAGGUACAUGAAGACAUACAGCAGAAAGAAGACAGACAGACUGAAUGUGAGAAGGAAGGAGAGGAGUUGGAAGAAGACAUAAGUGAGAAGGAGGAAGCUGAUCAGAUAAGGACAGAGGAGAGCAAGCCGGAAGAAGAAGUUGAAGAGCCAGAGUAUGAAAUGCUGGGUGCUCCCAAGGUUGAUGGAUCUCCAUCCGAGCUUCCCCCUGCACCCCAUUCUCCUCCAUCUCUGUCUCCUUCUCCCCCAGCCUCCUCCUCCCCAUCCCCUCUGCCUCCUCCUCCUCUGUCUCUCCCCUCCCCUCUCCCAUCUCAAGAAGAGGAGCAGCAGCAACAGCCACCACUGCAUAAUUCCCUGCCUCCCAGCCCUUCUCCACCUGCUGUGGUGCGCACUGAAGAUAUUGGUACUCUUAAGCUGGCGCUUCAGACCGGACGAGAGCCUCCUCCAAUCUGGAGGGUCCAGAAAGCUCUGCUGCAGAAGUUUGCUCCUGAAAUCAAAGAUGGACAGCGGCAGUUUUGUGCUACCAGUAAUUAUUUGGGCUACUUUGGAGAUGCAAAGAUGCGUUAUCAGCGUUUAUAUGUCAAAUUCUUGGAGAAUGUGAAUAAAAAGGAUUAUGUCCGAGUGUGCUCGCGGAAACCCUGGCAUCGGCCCAGUCUCACACUGAGACGCCAGUCACUUCCUAAACCACAACCUGUACGUAACUUGACUCCACCUCGCAUGGAACGAGAGGGUAGAGAGAAAGAGAGAGAGAGACAACGGGAACAAAGGGAAAAAGAAAAGGAAAGGGAGCGAGAACGAGAGAGGGAACAGAUUGAAAAAUCUAGGAGAGAAAAGGAGAGAGAACUUGAAAAGCAAAAAGAGAGGGAGAAACAAAAAGAAAGGGAAAGAGAGAAGGAAAGGGAAAAACAAAGAGAGAAAGAAAAGGAAAAACAAAAGGAGAAAGAGAGAGAGAGGGAAAGAGAGAGGCAAAGAGAAAAGGAGAAAGAGAAGGCCUGGGAAAAACAACGAGAGAAGGAGAGGGAGAAAGUGCGAGAGAAGGAAAAGAAGCUCCAAGAGCAACAAACUCAAGAGAAGCUGGAGAGGAGAACGGCCGUUGUGGAGCGCGGGAGGGUCAAAGAGGAGAAAAGAGAUGGAGAGAAGAGGGUCGACAGGACGAGGAGCAGACCUGUGAAAGUAAAGGCAGAACCUCCACCUAAAAAGAGGAAGAAGUGGCUUAAAGAAAUGCCCUCUUCAUCUGAUUCAGUCUCCUCCCCUGACCCGCCCAGUGAGGAGGAAGUAUCCACACGGAGUGGGAUGAACAGUCGGGCCAUGAGAGAGAUGUUCCGCAGUUAUGUAGAGAUGCUGGUCAGCACUGCUCUGGACCCGGACAUGAUCCAAGCUCUUGAGGACACCAAUGGUGAGCUCACAUCGUUAGGUUAAACACAAAGUGCAUGUGCGGAGGAUAAGGGAGAGAAGGCUGGAGAAAAUAAUGAAAGGAGUUUAAUAAAGCAAAGGAGGCUGGAAGAAUAAUGAUAAGCAAAAGAUGCUUAUGCCCCAUUCACACGGGGCGUCAGCGUCAACGCCUCUCGUUUACUUUGAAUGGAGUGACGUCAAGCGUUGGUGAAAUGAAUUGUGGGUCCGUCGCGUUGGGUCCGUUGCUCGCGGUAGAAGUUGAAAACUUUUCAAGCACCAACACAGGCGUCAGCCAAUCAGAUGACCUUA